UCUGCUCUGUCUCUGACCAAUUUUUUAACUGUAGAUCUUCUUCCCAAUUGAGAAAAGAAGAUGUCUAAUCUAGGACCAUCUUUGACUUUUCCUCUGUUGUUGUUUAUCUUCUUCAGGGACAGCUUCUGCAUUUGUAAUAGAACCACGUGGACAAAGGCAGGGUGGGAAAUUUUUCCAGAAGAAGUUCACUACCUGAAAGUUAAGACUUGUCCACCUCGGUGUCUGCCUUACCCUUUGAACAAACUGUGCUGCAACUUUGCUAACGUGGAUAUAUUUCAGAGUUGUCUACACCUCACUUUUAUUUUAGCACCAGCUCUCUUUUUAAUCAUGUCUAUUUUAUCUGUGCACUACCUGUGGAUGAAAUGGAAGAAACACCAAAAAAAGCUGAAAAAACAAGCUUCUUUCGAUAAAGUUGAAAGUGAUCUCAAAAGCCCAUCCUUCUGUGACAUUGACCAAAUGCUCUGCAAAGUGCUGGCCACCUCAUCAAUGAUGAACAAGUACCUGAAGCACGUGUCCCAGCGCUGUUCCUCUAAGAAAGUUAAGCACCACAAAUUAAAGAAGAAUAAUAAGAAAACUAAAGUCCAACAAUGUUAAGAAACUGGCCCAAGAAACCCAGCCAACAAAUGAUGGACACAAGAUACCAGCACGUGCAGUCUGAAGCCUGAGUCCUUCAACGUCAGCUAAGGAAGAUGGCAUACUCCCUAGCAGUCAUCUAUUUUGGAACAACCGAACCUAUGAUUUUAAGGAACUUUCAUCAAACUCUCAAACUAGCACUGCUGUUAAUAUUAAUACAACCAUGAAAAUUAACAACUGCAUAUGCUUUGUAAUUGUUUUCAUUAAAGCUGAAAU